AAGGCAUCCCGGGAUAAUAAUAUGCAUUUAGGGCAAGCUUAUAAGUAACUAUCUCAUCGGCUCCUCCCACUCUCCUCUCCCAGAGAUAAUCGAAAAGACCCAAACUCUCCCUAAGCAUGUCACCUCCAACGAACAGCUAUGCGUUGCACCGCAACUACCACUCCUCCGCUCGGUUAAACGCCCAGAAUCACCUCUGGAAGGAUGCGCUGGGCUACAGCCUGCACCCGUGCAUGGGGCUGACCGCCGACUCGGCCCCGCGCAUCGCCGACAUCGGCACGGGCACGGGCAUCUGGAUGAUGGACGUGAAGCGCGAGUAUCCCGCCGCGCAGAUCGACGGCUUCGACAUCUCCUUCGCCCAGUGUCCGCCGCCGGAGUGGCUGCCGGAUGGCGUGCGGCUGCGCGAGCUGGACCUCUAUGAGCCGCUGCCCGCCGAGCUGGAGGGGAUCUACGACGUCGUGCAUCUGCGGCUGUUUUUUGUGGUGAUCCGCAACGAUGACCCGGGUCCAGUGCUGCGGAAUAUGCUGCGCAUGCUGAAGCCCGGUGGGUGGCUGCAAUGGUCGGAACACAACUACGAGUCGUGGUCGGUGCAGUCGGUGGGCGGCCGGGAGACCCCCGCCUUGGACGAGAUGAUGAAGUUGAUGAAACAAACGGGGUUGGGACGCUGGGUGCCUGGCCUCCCCGAUCUCUUCGCGCAACAUGGGAUGGUGGACGUGCGCAAGGCGCUGCAUCCGUGCAGCCCGCACAGCCGCGUCUACUGGAGCCAGCUCCAGUUCAACUCCAACGAGGAAUACAGCUAUCUGGCCAUGGAUAACAGUACGGCGGAGGCGGCCGGGCCGCGUCUGCGCACCCUUAUCGGGCAGGCUGCCGACGAGUGUCGCCAGGGGGCGGGAUUCGACUUUACCAUUGAGGUGGCGUUGGGCCGGAAGUCCGUGGGGGAGGUGUAGUUAAUAUAAUAUCGAACCAAUAAUAUAGGAUGUGUCUGCAGGUUUAGCAGGUUUAGCACGAGCGCUAGUGUGUUUAGGGCGUGAGGAAUGUGGCGUGAGGGCCAUAGUAAGCAGACUAUAGCGACUAACUUCUAGCGCAAAGAAGCUAGCACCACAAUGGGCACAACAUCGAGCACAGUUGGGGUCAGGCCAGCCUAACGAAAAUGGGGCAAAGGCCGGAGGGGUCAGCAAUGCAGAAUUCAAAAAUGAGAAUUAAUGAGAAUUGGAAAGAACGGUCGCGAAAGGCUGGACUUGCGAGUUGGUCGAAGC